UUUGAACUUCAGACAUCGCGCGUGCAUAGCAUGCAGGUGUCCAUGACCACGCGUUGCUUGCAUGUGGAUACACGACGCUGUUUUUAUGGGUGUGCGUGUUGUAUAAGGAACCAAUUUGUUCUGGUAUAUACAGGCCUUUUCAGCCACGAAGAACUUCCAUCCAGAGGUAUAUCUGACGCCCCAUCUUCAACACAUCUUUGGAGGUGCCACACCGGUCAGAAAGAAUGGUAAGGCGACGUAUUGACGCGUUCUGCGCAGUCCUACUCGUCUCCGUUGCCUUUGUUUGCGGUCAGCAAAGUGCGACGCUCAUCGUCCUACAGGCCGAACGACAUGAAGGGAAUUUCACUAGUCCGGGAUUUCCAAACAACUAUCCAAAUAAUACGAAUAUGACCUGGAGGAUUGAAGCUGAUAGUGAUGAUGUGGUGCACUUGAAGUUCGUCCGUUUUGAUCUGGAAGGAAUAUUUUUCUGUCUCUGGGACUAUGUCGUUGUGCACGGCAGUAUCAAUGAUCCUGAGACGUUUUGUGGGAUUGUGGUGCCGAAAGAGAUGAUAUCGAUUUCCAACGUCCUGUCGGUAGAUUUUAUAUCAGAUGAUUCUGAAUCACGGCCUGGAUUCUUUGCAAGAUACUGGGCAACUCCGAAGGGGAAUUUUGUGAAUCACACCGUCCCUCCAGAGUUUGAUAAGCAUUGCAAAGGCCUGAACUUCGACUGGGUAACGUUUCCCAACUUUUACGGCCACGAAAGUGACCAGGAUGUUUUGACUUCACGGCAAUGGGAGGAGAUGGUGUCGGUCAAUAUUUCGUGCCAUCCGCAAGUCCAACGUUUUCUGUGUGCACUCUUGAUGCCCCGAUGGCUUGCAGGAAGCAAACAACUACCCUGCCAGUCAUGGUGCCAGGAGGUGCGGUCGGCAUGUUCAUCAGCAGCCACUGACUGGACUUUGCCUGAUGCCUGCCCAUUUAACACCACUGAAUGCGUCAACUUGGAACCUGCCGAAGCUAGUAAAGAUUGCUACUUCGGCAAAGGAGAAAACUACAGAGGAAAGGAAACUCGGCCCGAAAAUAAGUGCCUCCAUUGGACGAGUCCCGACGCACUUGGACCAAUGGAGGCGCGCGACAACUGGGACAACCUACAAGAGAACUACUGUCGGAAUUUCUUACCAGAUGAAUCUUCAGAACCCUUCUGCUUUGUGAAAGAAGUCUGGGACGAAAACCAAACAGUCGUCUUACGUGAACCAUGUGGUUUGAUGCCUUGCAAUGAACGCGGCCGCGGAUGUGGAGUUCCUCCUGUUGUGGUAUCGGGAAGCAGAAGUCCAGUAUAUAAUUUCUACAGGAUAGGGGAUCACGUCGACAUCAGCUGUGACGUAGGCUUCUCCAUGGAGGAGGAAGACAUGUGGAUGACAUGCAUCGGAAACGAAAACUGGAGCAAGACAAAUCCAACGUGCAAAGUCGAUCACAGGUUGUUACUUGCAAAAACACUGCUCCAUCCAAAACGUUACAACCCUGAACUGGCGCCCAGCAGGAAACAGGUCAAUGUCACGUUUGAAGGUGUAGCAGUGGACAUCAUUGACGCCGACGCCAAGAACGAGGACAUGUUCUCAGCGAUUGCCUUCAGGCUACAUUGGACGGACAACCGCCUGUCCUGGACCAGCAAACAGAACGACAAUGUCAGAAACAUCUCCGUGUCCAGGAAACGUGUCUGGACCCCCAAAGUCUAUCUUCAUCCAAAUGGCGACGCCAGAUUUAGAGACUUCUCUGAUGCCACUGUCACAGUCACCAGCGAUGGGCUAGUUGAGUGGACCAUCAUUGAUGUCGUGACGACAACGUGUGAACUCGAUUCGGCUCUUUUUCCAUUUGAUACCAUGGGGUGUGAUGUGUGUCUGAGAGUAGACACUCGCUUGGUAAGGUUUGGCUGCGCGGAAAACGUUACCGAGUUCAAACCCCUCAUCGAAAGUUUCAUGACUUGUGACUCGGACGGUCGUGCGGAGGAGGUCAAUCAGUGGUGGGCAAAGUGGAAGGUUAAUGUGAAAGACGGUCUUGCCUGUAUCAACAUGACGUUUGACCGCAACCCAACGGCCGACUUCUGUACUACACUGUCGCCUGUCAUCAUUCUCUCUGUGCUCAUGUGCAUCAUCUUUGUGCUGCCGGUUGACAAGGGAGAUCGUCUCUCUUUCGGGAUGACGAUUCUGUUGUCGAUGGUGGUCUCUCUGGUUUUCAUCUCGGAUGUCCUGCCGACCAAGGGAUCCAUGCCUGUUAUAGGUAAACUGGUCAUCGUGUACAUGUGCAUGAUGGGAGUUUUUGUGAUCUACAGCUUAAUAGUCAUCAGGAUCAGCUCAAGGAAGAAAGACCUCCCGCCCGUUGUAAAGAAGGUGUUUCUCGGGCAUCUCGCUCGCCUGGUGUUCCUCGGAGACCUGACCAAGCCAACACGUCGCCCCACUGUCGUGAAUGUGCAUGACAUUGAGAUGGUGGAAGGCCUGAUGGUAAAGGACAGCAAACCAUCUGAAGCCGAGCCAGAAAGUGUCGAAGUCCUGCUGUCUCUUCAGAGCCAGAAAGUGUCGAAGUCAUGCCGUGGAGUCCCUUGGGACCUCAAUGCCCUUAGUGAUGCCGUGGAGUCCCUUGGACCUCGGGCCAACCCCAAACCACUGAGGCGUCGAAAGAUGCUGCUCCGAAGACGGACUACCACCAGCUUGUUAAGGUCCUGGACCGUCUCUGUCUCGCCUUGUAUGUGUUCGGAUUGA